AUGAAACCUCUACUGCUCGAUCCUAAACAUAGUUCAUUUGAUGUCACAGAUGAUUCUAAUAAUCAAGCAGCCUCAGUUCAGAUAACCUGGCAAGAUUCCUCUGCCUCUUUGGAAGAAAAAUUAUUUAAAUCACUAUUUGGUACAAAUGCUGUAUAUCAGACCCACAGAAAUGGAAAUGGCCCCCUUCUAGUGAAUAUCACAGUGAUGAUGUCCAAUGUGCUAAAUGUGGAUAUCUUGAAAUACACCAUCACAUCUGUUCUGGUUCUGAAUCAGUCAUGGUAUAAUAAAAGGCUGGCUUGGGAUGAGCAGGAAUUCCCCUUCAGCACCAUCACUGUGCCUUGGAAUUCAGUCUGGACUCCAUCCUAUACAGUUCAAGAAGCAGAAAUACAUAACAUGCACAGAGCAGGCUAUGACCAAAUUACCUUAGAGCUUAUUCCAGUAUCAAUGUACCCUCCUUUCAGUUACACAGAAUCUUCAGACACAUUCAGGGGGUUUGAUGUAACAUGGAGAGUGGAAUCCCCUAAUGUGGUACUUCACAGUGAUGGGAAAACAGAAUUUCAACUUGCUCUUCGCAUUGACAGCAACUGCAACUUUGACCUCUUCUAUUACCCAUUAGAUAGCAGCCAGUGCUUUUUGAGCUUUUUCUCACUGAACAGCAAAGUCACUGAGCUGGAAUUCAGCACCUCCAUUGCAAAUGAAAUUCUGAAUUUAAAUCGUGAAUAUCUCAUCACAAAUGUGAACAUUACAAGCCAAAGAAAUAUGGCACAGCCUUAUUUUGUGGUCAUGAUAAAUCUAAAAAAUACAGGAAUACGAGUCCUCCUUUCCUCAGUGUUGCCAAGCCUUGCAGUUGAGAUAGCGGAUCUCUGUGGUUUCUUCAUCUGUCUCCAAGACAGAUUGUCAUACAUGAUCACUUUGCUUCUGGCAUAUCUAGUCUUCUAUUCUUCUUUCAUUGGUUCCCUACCAGAAUCAUCUUCCUGUAAUCCUCUGCUCAGUUAUUACUACACUGGCCUUCUCAUAUUACUAUUCCUUAGCACAACUGAAACUAUCUUAGUGCAGAAGCUGGCCGCUGGUAAUGCAAAUCUUUGUUUGAAUUAUGGAUUUAAAGCAAGAAAAAAGGCACCUUCUACAGCAUCAAACUUCCAGUUAGAAGAGGCAAAGGAUCCUGAGACAAAAGACUGUGGAACCGAUAAAGAAUCACCACAUCCCAAACCUAUUUCUAGCACUUUGGACAGCCUUUUCUGCUUCAUCUUCUUAGGCCUGGUUCUUCUGUUUCAUCUCAUGUUAGCAGGACUCUGGUAUCUAUGGAAAUGUGCACCCAAGAGGCCUCCUGGAGAAAUUUAUCUAGAUGGAAUCAAGUGGGACCAUGGAGAAUAA